AACCGAUUCUUCCGGGACUCGUCGCUCCCCUCGCUCUCCUGUGCGCGGCGUCCUCCGUUAUUCCGUUAUGGACUGAAAGCCUCGUAUUCACUCCGCCUACACGAACCGGGGCAGAAACAAGCGGUGCGGAUCCUUGCUGUGUCCGAAAAAAAGGAACAAAAGGGUCAUUCCCAAUCGCCAAACGAUGGUCUACGGCGUCUCGGAUGCAGCCUCGGUGUGAAACCUCAGCAGGAGUGUAAGCUAAAACCGCAGCUCGGCUAAAAGCAGCGAGAAGAUGGCGAACGAUUCUCCAGCUAAGAGUCUGGUGGAUAUAGACCUCGCCUCUCUGCGGGACCCCGCUGGGAUUUUUGAGCUGGUCGAGGUGGUGGGCAAUGGCACAUAUGGACAAGUCUACAAGGGUCGGCAUGUCAAAACAGGACAGUUGGCGGCCAUCAAGGUCAUGGACGUCACAGAGGACGAAGAGGAAGAAAUCAAGUUGGAGAUUAAUAUGCUGAAGAAAUAUUCUCACCAUCGCAACAUCGCCACCUACUAUGGAGCUUUCAUCAAAAAGAGCCCACCAGGACACGAUGACCAGCUCUGGUUGGUGAUGGAGUUCUGUGGUGCUGGCUCCAUCACAGACCUGGUGAAGAACACUAAAGGAAACUGGCUGAAGGAAGACUGGAUUGCAUACAUCUCCAGAGAAAUCCUCAGGGGCCUGGCUCAUCUACAUGCCCACCAUGUCAUCCACAGAGAUAUUAAAGGGCAAAAUGUGCUACUGACUGAAAAUGCAGAAGUCAAGUUGGUGGACUUUGGUGUGAGCGCUCAGCUGGACCGCACCGUGGGCCGCAGGAACACCUUCAUCGGCACGCCGUACUGGAUGGCACCCGAGGUCAUCGCCUGUGACGAAAACCCAGACGCUACCUACGACUACCGGAGUGAUUUGUGGUCUUGUGGAAUCACGGCUAUAGAGAUGGCUGAAGGAGCACCGCCACUGUGUGACAUGCAUCCGAUGCGAGCGCUCUUCCUCAUUCCCAGAAACCCUCCACCUAGGCUCAAGUCCAAGAAAUGGUCCAAGAAGUUCUUUAACUUUAUUGAAAGCUGUCUGGUGAAGAACUACACUCAGAGGCCGACCACGGAGCAGUUGCUGAAACACCCGUUCAUCCGAGACCAGCCGAACGAAAGACAAGUGCGCAUCCAGCUUAAAGAUCACAUUGACCGCACCCGCAAGAAGAGGGGAGAGAAAGAUGAGACUGAGUAUGAAUACAGUGGCAGUGAGGAAGAGGAGGAGGAAGCUCCAGAGCAGGAGGGAGAACCAAGCUCCAUAGUGAACGUGCCAGGUGAGUCGACCCUGCGGCGGGACUUUAUUCGUCUGCAGCAGGAGAACAAGGAACGCUCGGAGGCACUGAGGAGGCAGCAGCUCCUGCAGGAACAGCAGCUUCGUGAGCAGGAGGAGUACAAACGCCAACUGCUGGCUGAGCGCCAGAAACGUAUCGAGCAGCAGAAGGAGCAGCGGAGGAGGCUUGAGGAGCAACAGAGGCGUGAGCGAGAGAUGAGGAGGCAGCAGGAGAGGGAGCAGCGGAGGCGCGAGCAGGAAGAGAAGAGACGUCUAGAGGAGAUCGAACGCAGACGCAAGGAGGAGGAGGAGCGCAGGAGAGCCGAGGAGGAGAAAAGGAGAGCAGACCGUGAACAGGAGUACAUCAGGCGGCAGCUGGAAGAGGAGCAGAGACAUCUGGAAAUUCUACAGCAGCAGCUUCUGCAUGAACAGGCCAUGCUACUGGAGUUUAAGUGGAGGGAGCUGGAGGAGCAGAGACAGGCUGAGAGACUCCAGAGACAGUUACAGCAGGAGCAGGCGUACCUGCUCUCCCUUCAACAGGCCAAAAAUCUCCAGCAGCAGCCUCAAACACAGCCCCCAACUGCAGACAAGAACAGAAACCCCACACAGCCUCCAUCCUCAGCUCAAAGGAGCAAAAUUCCCCAGCAGCAGCAUUCUUUAUCUGAAAAGAGCAGAAAAGCUCCAGUGGAGCAGUACCAGGACAAGAGCAAGAACCAGCCACUGACGAGCCAAGAAAAGUCCCGAAUCCCGCAGUUGCAACAGUCGGCUGUCGAAAGGACCAAAACCCCGCCGUUACCGCAGCCAUCAACGCAGGACAGGAGUAGGAUUCCCCAACCACAGCAGAGCGCACAGGAAAAAAAACAAAUCCCUCAGCCUCAACAAGUUCCCUCAGAGAAGGAUCCUCUCACUCAUCAAGAACAAGCACGGAGGAGCUCGAUUCCCCAGGCUGUGCCGCCUGCCCUGGAACAGGGCCAGGCCAAUCAGACACUCCCGUCAGAAUCCCAGUGCUCCGCCCCUGACUCAGAGCCAAUCAGAGAGGCAGAUGAGCGGCACCGCAGGAAUGCACAAGGCUCUCCACAGGCCGCAGGGGCUCAGAAGCAGCCCCCCGCUGUCCCACCUCGUGCCGAACCCUUUUCCAAUGGCAGCGCAUCCGAGUCGGCCCAGCCUGCCAUGCACCGCCCCAUGGAACCUCAGGUAACCACGUGGUCCCAGGUAGCUGCUCUAAAGAGCAGCUCAGCCGCUCCUCCCUCCAUCUCCCGCUCACACUCGUUCAGUGAGUCCGCUCCCUCACUUGCACACGCUCGUGCCCAGCAGCACCCACCAUGCCCCGAGCCGCCAGCCCACUCACACGAGGAGCCUCCCCGGGUUCCAGUAAGAACAACCUCCAGGUCACCUGUACUCUCUCGCCGCGAUGCCCCUCACCAAGGCGGCGCACAGCAGAGCAACUUGCCAGCUCAGAAGAAUGUCGUAAGUAACGCUGAUCCGCGAUUGCUCUGGGAGCGUGUAGAAAGGAUGGCGCCCAGACCCAGCAGCAGCAGCUCGUCAGGGUCUAGUUCCACAUCCAGCAACUCCAACACUGGGUCAGGAGAGAGAUUCAGACCACGCACCUCUUCUAAGUCUGAGGGCUCUCAACAGUGGCCGGAGCACGCGUCCAAAAAAGCAGAGGAGAAGAAGGAUGUAGCUCGGCCUGGGCGUCCGGUGGAUUUGACAGCACUGGCCAAAGAGCUGCGUGCUGUGGAGGAUGUGAGACCACCACACAAGGUCACCGAUUACUCUUCCUCUAGCGAUGACUCGGGAACCACUGAUGAUGAGGAUGAUGAAGAAGUGGAUCAGGAAGGAGGAGAGGAGUCCACCUCAGGCCCCGAGGACUCGCGUGGAGGCUCGUCCAGACUAAGCAACGGUGAGACAGAGUCCGUGAAGACGAUGGUUGUCCAUGAAGAUGGUGAUGAUGCCUCCUCCACCCCGUGCAAAGACAGCACUCUAGUUGUGCGACAGAGUGCAGGUGAUGUAAAAAAGCGCCCAGUGCCCACACCGGCCUCGAGCCUUAGUGACCGGAAUGAUCGGAAUGGCUAUUCGGGCCGAAUUCACCACUUGCCUGACCUGCUCCAGCAGAGUCAGCCCUCGCCCCCUUCUUCCUGCCCUUCCACCCCCUCCUCCACAUCCUCAUGCCACAGCAGUCCUGCCCUGUCCCCUCUUGCUACCCCGGACAGACUGCCCUGCCCUAUGGAGUCACAGUCUGCCACAAUGCAGAAGCACAAGUCCUCCUCCUCCUUCACUCCUUUCAUCGACCCGCGCCUGCUCCAGAUCUCUCCGUCCACCGGCAGCGCUCUCAACAACGUGGGUUAUGGGAAUGAUGCAAGGCUGCAGGAGGCACUGAGGCAGGAUGCGUCACGCAAGGGCUCUGUGGUGAAUGUAAAUCCAGUCAACACUCGGCCGCAGAGUGACACGCCGGAGAUCCGCAAGUACAAGAAGAGGUUCAACUCGGAGAUCUUGUGUGCUGCUCUGUGGGGUGUGAAUCUGCUGGUCGGGACGGAGAGUGGUCUGAUGCUGCUUGAUCGUAGUGGUCAAGGGAAGGUCUAUCCCCUCAUCAACCGCAGACGCUUUCAGCAAAUGGACGUCCUGGAGGGCUUAAAUGUGCUGGUGACUAUAUCAGGGAAAAAGAAUAAGUUGCGGGUGUACUACUUGUCCUGGCUGAGGAAUAAGAUUCUCCACAAUGACCCGGAGGUGGAGAAGAAGCAGGGAUGGACCACCGUAGGGGAUCUGGAGGGGUGUGUCCACUACAAAGUUGUGAAAUAUGAGAGGAUCAAGUUCCUGGUCCUUGCACUGAAGAACUCUGUGGAAGUGUACGCCUGGGCUCCAAAGCCCUACCAUAAGUUUAUGGCUUUCAAGUCAUUUGGUGACCUGGUACACAAGCCCCUCCUGGUGGACCUGACAGUAGAGGAAGGUCAGAGGUUAAAGGUCAUCUACGGGUCCUGCUCAGGGUUCCAUGCUGUAGACGUGGACUCCGGAGCUGUGUAUGACAUCUACCUGCCCACUCAUAUCCAGACCAGUAUUCAGUCGCAUGCCAUAAUCAUUCUGCCAAACACAGACGGCAUCGAGUUACUUGUGUGUUACGAGGAUGAGGGCGUGUACGUCAACACCUAUGGUCGCAUCACGAAGGACGUAGUGCUACAGUGGGGAGAGAUGCCUACCUCAGUGGCAUACAUUCGCUCCAACCAGAUCAUGGGCUGGGGAGAAAAGGCCAUCGAGAUUCGGUCUGUAGAGACCGGCCACCUGGAUGGAGUUUUCAUGCAUAAGAGAGCUCAGAGGCUUAAGUUCCUUUGUGAACGUAAUGACAAGGUUUUCUUUGCAUCAGUGCGUUCUGGAGGUUCCAGCCAGGUCUACUUCAUGACACUAGGACGCACGUCCUUACUCAGCUGGUAAACACUCCCACUCAGCCUGGAAUGACGAAUCCCUUUUUACAUGAUGACAGCGUCGGGAAAACCUACAACCACCACACAUCUAAAGUACAACCAGAGAUCCUCAGUGUGAUGAGCAGAAACCACAUUAAGUUAAACGACUCUCACCUGCUGUCGUAAACCAGACUGAGACUGUAUAGAAAUUUCAACUUAGAUGAAGAAAAAAACAAUCGUGUGUAAGAGAGGAGGUCUUGGGCGAAAGGCUUGAUCUUACAGUAUUAUUGCUAGCCUGUGUAAAUGUUUUCUUUCUGUAGAAAUCCCUGACUGACCAAGUGGUAGAAUGUGGGCGGACGCCGUAUAACUGCUAGGGAAUACGUGAGAGUUUCAGGAUGGAAGGUAAAAUUGAGCGUGUGUGUGUGUGUGUGUGUGUGUGUGUGUGUGUGUGUGUGUGUGUGUGUGUGUGUGUGUGUUCAGUAGGUCCCGGGAAAGUGAAGUGUAUUUAGAUUAUGGACAGGUAUGUGUGGGAUGUGUCUAGGACGGAGAUGGACCAUGAAAGAAUAUUUUAAUGCUAUUAUUAUUAUUAGUAUCAUCAUUAUUAUUAUUAUUCACUAAAUAUGUGGAUUCUUGUAAUCUUCUACCUGUGAUUUUAAGGCUCGCACGUUCUCACUGUUCCCAGUAAUUUUUUUUUCUUUCACUGAAGGCUAAGUUGCCACCCUAAUUUUUCUAAAAGGCAGAGAGAGCAACAAGCAUGGAUUUUUGCAUAUUAAUUAGAAUGGCCCUGCCGCUUCCCUCUCACCUGACAGGUGAGCGUUGGAUCUCUGGCUCUCUCUCGCCUCUAGUUAGACUGUGUGAAUGAUGUGUACCUGCUGUGAAUACGUGAUAUGAAAUCAAAAGGAAGUAGAGAUGUGUCACCCCAGUCGUGUGUGAGCACGUGUCAGAUACAUCGAAAUGUUCGGGCCUCCUAAGAUUUUGAAUUUAGUCACAUCUUGUGCUGCAGAACACAUCUGACACUGGACGGUUCUGCUCAUUAAUUAGGUGGGUGACAUUUUGGUUUUUUUUCCCCCCAACUUUUGAUUUUAGAAUUUUUCCAAAUAUAUGAUGCACUAAGUGGGAAUGUAGUGUGAAAAUACUGUUCUUGUGCUUAAAGUUGAAAGGCAUGACUCCACGCUGUUUUUUUUUUCUUCCUUUUACAAUGUUUAACAGAGUAACAAUAACAAACUGAGCCUGUCUGAGUCUAUUGUACGUGACUUUGGAGUUGUUUGCCGUCGUACGCAGUCCUUUAUGUUCAGCUUCAUCUCUUCACAACAUGAAGAGUGUUCAAUUUCAAAAAAAUCCAGACUGUAAGGGUUUCAUUUUCACCUUUACCUCCUCAGUGUUACAUACCUUCAGCAUGAUCAGUGUGAUUUUCUCCGCCUUCUCUGUGGGUUCCUGUCAGAUGACCUGCCGCUUGUUGAUAUUAAAUGUGUUCCUUUAGAGAGUAACACACACAGUGCUAUAUGUUACUGAAGGCAUCUCAGCCGUACAGCUCGGUGUAUAUGUGACUCUGAGGAGAGCAAUCUCACAAUACACACACACAAAUCCCAAUACUGUGUUUCAUUGCUCUUCUCUCUGUAGACCUCUUUCACAUUGGCCCUUAUUAAGUUUAAGGCUUUACACUUUGCCAACACUUUGUCAUUUCUUAAAAAGACUGUCUUUAAAAACAACACAACUGCUGUUACUCCACGUGGUAAACACUAAUAUGUGGUUUAUACAUUUUUCUUUGUUCUUUGAGUUUCAGUCCUUCGGGUUGGACACAUGAAUUAAGCAGAUCUUACAGCUAGCACUUUUCUUUGGGGCGCGUGUGUGUGUGCGCGCUGUAUUUACUUAAUGAAGGCUAACACCGUGGGUUUACUUGGGUCCAUUGUCACGAACAUUUUUUUUUUUCAUAUUUACCUUGUCUUUUCCCUUCAGUUUUACAAUUAUGCUCCUACACACACUCACACACACACACACACACACACACACACACACUAUUCACCACCAUAUUUUUUGUUAGGUGCUUUUAUUUGAUUGUUUGUAUAAUUUUAUUUAAUGCUAAUAAGUAUUAAUUAUUGUUCAAGUUGUUUUGAUUUCCUUUCAGCUUCAUGCGUAAAGAUUACCGCUUGUGGUGUUUGCAUUAGAAAAUAAAAUCAGUUGUGCUAUAAUGACAAAAUGGAGAAACUUAAGAACUGAUGUUAAGGAACCACUACGUGAAAUGCAAACUUUUUCUGUUGUUUUCUGUUUUUAAGAGCUUUGAGUGCUCCAGUUCUAGAUAUAGUUAAGAAGCUUAACUAUAGACAUUUUCUCUAACUUUAUUUUCAGUCUCUACAGCGAUAUAGUGCAGUCAUAAUAUAGUGCUCACUUAAUAUAAUGUUCACCUGUUGAGGAAAAUGUUUACAGAGGCAAACGAUGAGCUACACUAAUGUUCAUUUUAUUUAUGUUUUCGCUUACAGAACUCUUAGCUUUUUUUUUGUAUUGACUUUUUUUUGUCCGUGUUUCUCUUCUCAGUUGUUUAAGGCUAAUAAUGCAGACCGAUAUGAAUAAUGACGUUUCAGAAACGUUCCCGGCUGAUCUGGAUGUCUGUGUUUCAGUCGUGGCACUGUAUCGUUCGUCCUCUCUGUGUGUGGCAGGAAGUCCUGCAUUUUCCUGAUGGUCCUUUGUUUUUUCUUUGAAAAUAAACUCCUAAGGUAAUUUAA